UGAUGUGAAAGGAACGAAUAGCUAUGGUACUUACGAUUGACCUUAAAAUCUUAAUUUGUAACCCCUUUAGUGAUCAAAAGAGACUAUGCCAUCUAUUUACAAUGUGUUUAUAUUGUAAAUUUAUUUGUAUGAUAUAUUAUUGCUAUUUAAAGCGACAAAUUUUAAUGCACAGCAAUGGCAAAUAAGCGAGAAACUAUCUUUACUAUCGUUACAGAUAAUACAUGUACCGGUUGAAAAAACAGGAAGUAAAGCAUGAUUACUAAAUUACUGUUAUUUAUUUCAUUUUUGGCUGUUGUCAUUGCAAUUUUAUUAACAACCGGUGCAUUUGAACAUUUAACUGACUUGAUACCCGUCUCGUUAUUAUUAAAAUCGUCUUCAUUAACAUCAAAUGAGAAGCUUUUUACAAAAGAGGAGUUAUCAAAGUUUACUGGCCAGGAAUCGCCGUACGUAUACCUAGCAAUACUCGGUGAUGUAUUUGACGUUUCUAAAGGUAAAAGACAUUAUGGAGAAGGCGGAGGAUAUCACUUCUUCACAGGUAAAGAUGGUACAAGGGCAUAUGUGUCUGGAGAUUUUACAGAGAAAGGACUUAUAGAAGAUACAGAGGGUCUGUCACUUACUGAUUAUCUAGGAAUAGAGGAAUGGAAUGAAUUUUACAGAAAACAGUAUAAACAUAUAG